AUGUGGGAUGGUCUUGGUGGAAUGGGUGCUGGAGAAGCGGCUGAGCCUGUGAGUGAUCUGUACGAUGGCCUCGGAACAAGAACCCACGACGGGCACCUACAUCACCACCGGGACACCGUUUCGGCUGCGGAUGCCCUCGUCUAUGGUCGCUUCUCCGUCGUGUGGGUGGCAGCGGGCGCCAUCAACAACCGCACCGGGCUGCAGUACGGGCUGGCGCUCGGUACUAUCGGGGGCUUCCCGCUAUACGGAGCUGGCCUGUACACGAGCAAUGUGCAUCCUACAACCUGGUUCAUGCUCUUCGGGACUGGCAUCUGUGGUAUCUCAGCAGGCUUCUUCUGGGCUGCUGAAGCCACUGUCAUCGUCGGCUAUCCACACCCUCCAGAGAGAGCUUUCUAUCUAGCUGUCUGUCAGACUGCGAAGGCAGCUGGCCCCAUCGUCGGCGGUGCCAUCAACUUGGGCCUGAACGCAGGCCGUUCGACAGCCGGGUCCGUAGGCAGCACCACCUACAUCGUCUUCAUCGCGAUCAUGCGUCUCGGUCUGCCCUCGCCCUGA